UUAACCACUUCCCGACCGGCCGUUGCAUAUAAAUGGCCGGAGGGUGGCACUGUAGGGUUGGGUGGCCGUUUAUAAACGGCCUCCCCGCACCCUGCUUGUGCGCGCAGCACCGCGAUCCGGUGCCCGCUGUGUCCUCGUACAGAGGUCCCGAUCAUGUGAUCACUGAUUGGCCAAUCAGUGAUCACAUCAUUGCUUACUACGUGUGAAAUCUGUGAAUGAUCACAGAGGUCACAUGGUACAAGGCUAUUCACAACAGCCUUGUACCAUGUGACAAGCUGUGACCAAUCACAGCUCACUCAGUAC